AAACCUACUGUACUGUAAUCUGAUCUUUAAGGCUGUGCUGAGAACUGAAGCAGCUAUCUAAUCUAGUUUGCAAAUUCCUUCCCCCUCUGCAUGGUAGAAAAUGACUUGCUGUUCUGUAGCUGGAGGCUGUGUCUGUGAAGAGUACUGCAGUUAAAGGGAAGAGGAGGAAGUCAGGUUACUAGUGUGAUCCACUCCACAGCUUCAGGGCAGCCCAGGCUUCAGUUUACUAUUGUACAGCCCUAAAAAAAUGUGAAGCUUUAUGUGGGAAGCCCUGAGUAGGGAACUGAUUUACAUUGCCCAAGCUAGUAGGCAGGCAGAGCUCCUUGUCAGCAGGCACAGCUUUGGGGUUGGUUCACAUGCCAGUCACGUCUACCCUUUGGAACAGCGAACAGCAACACCGGGGCUUCGUCAAGUGAUGAGAACAGACGUCAAACUGCCCUAUGAAUAUUGAUGUGGAGGCUAGUCUGCUUUCGUAGAGGAGCAGAAGGAAGCAAGAUGGCUGCCCUUUAGGAUUUGUUAGAAAGGAGACAAGGCUGUGCUUGCUGGAUUUCUGCAAGGCUGAGGGACAUUACAGAGGUAGGGCAGCUUUGUGGAUGGCCCCGGAGCAGACCAGAUGGAAAAGGAGAGAACCAAUCAUGAUGAGGGCAAUAGAUUGAGUCCAUUCUUAUUAUAUCCAUCGUUUGGUUGUCAAACAAAGACAGACAGGCUGCAAAAUGGGAACCUACCAAUGGAAAAACGACAUCUUCAUGUUAAUGGUGAUAGAUAUUUACCAGUUAAAAGCAGCUAUGGUGUAACACACAUAAAGAGUAAUCAGGAUUAUACCAGUUCUGACCUUGUGCAUGAAAACAAUAUACAAAAUGGUGGAGUAAAACGCACACUUAGUGAACCACUGCUUUCUGGGUUCCAUCCAUUAAAGAAAGUCAGAGAAAAUGAGGUGAUAAAUGGAGAAAUUAAAUAUAACCUGAGUAAGUUAGAACAGGAUAAUCCAGAGCCACCAGGAGUCCAAGUUACAAAUAAAAAGAAUCAAAACCUUAAUUACCACAGCAAAGACAUUGUCUUGGGAUUAACUAACAAGACAGUGCCAAUGCGUAAUGGUGCUACUGUUUCUGCAUCUUCCAUGGAAACCACACAUGGUGAACUGCAGGAGAAAGCUAUUUCUCAUUAUUAUCAUGAUCAUGUUUCCAUUGCAGUGCAGAAUAACACAUCUCACAUGGAUGCCAUUAACACUCUUAAUGAUGCUACUAAUGAUUUGUCUUCUCAGGCAACUCAUUCAUCACAUACCUCAGGACAGAUCGAUUCUCAACAAACCUCGAACUCGGUGCUGCCUCAAGUGCCAGUAACAAUGGCUUUUGAGGCUUCUAAUGGUGACAUCCAUGAGCCAGCUGUAUUACAAGGAAACUAUCCACUUCACAUACAAGAACAGAAACCUCUUACACAGGAGACCCCCAAUUAUAAUAUACAUAAAUUAUCUGUAGACAACUGUGACACACGUGAAUCUGUUGGCCAAACUCCCCGUGAACAUCUAGCUGCUUUAUCCAGUUCUGAAUUACAAUUUAAUAAGAUAAUGUUCUCUGGGGAAAAUCAAGUGUACAGAACCAAUCAAAAUCCAUAUGAAAACAAUCUCUUAAUCUCAACACAAUCUAAUGAAGUUUGUCAGUCUCAUGAUACAAGAGUGUCUUCACAGUCUUCUGUGCUGCAGUCACAUGGUUGUUUUAAGUCUACUCUGCCCUCCACAGAGUUACCUGCACUUCACUGUUCAGCUGAAAGGGGAAAGUCAAUUGAAGACCACAGUAAAGUGAAUUUUGUGUUCAAAGGGGAUUCAACAAUGCCAGAAAAAGGGAGAGAUAAUUGGAAUGGAACAGAGAAAAAAAAAUCUUUCAAGAAUGAGGUCAAAGACUUAAUGCAGCAAACAAAUAAGUACUUAAAACGAAAUUUUACCCAAAUUAAUAAAAAUUUCCAGCAAACAUCUGAUGAAGAUUUACUAAAGUUACUUAUUGAGUCCCAGGCUAACAACCAGUCAAAGUUGAAGCAAUAUCCAGGAAAACAGGGUAUAUUAAAUCAGAAUUAUAAUAAACAGCAGAAGACAUUUAAUAGUAAAAUGACACAACUGCAGAAGGCCUCUACUGAACAGCAGAUAAACCCCAAAAAGCACUUAUCCCAACCUUCAAAAUUAGAUAGUAAAUUUCAGUCAUAUCCACAAAAAGAUAAUUCUGACCUUUUUUGCUUUAAAGCUGAGCAACAAAUGGAACAUGCAUUUGACCAAGAAUUAAAACAGCACUUAAAUUUACAGAUUUCAGAAGUUGAGCAACAUAAUCUACAGCAAUCGCUGCAACAAAAGUUACAGGACAUAAAACAAUCCAUAAGUUUGCAAUUGAACCAAAACAAAGGAUUUCCACACUUUAAUAAAGUAAAACUAGAAGAAGGCACUCAGUCGUUGUGCCAAUACCAGAAACAACAGUAUGAUCUUACUCUUCAGCUGCAGACAGAAAAUUUAAAUAACACAAAUUUGCCUUUUAGUCAGAUUCAGGCAUUGAGUGCAAAGUCAAGUAACAAACACAACGCAGAAGCUUUGCACAAUAUACAAUAUGAAAUAAAUAGGACUCAACAGCAAAAUACACCUAAUUAUCAGGAAGAGCAUAGUACACCAAGCCUAGAUAGUGCAAUCCAACCAGGUUCAUCAAGCCACAAUUACAUGCCACAAAGUCAUCCGUCUACUUCAUUUUCAAAGGAUCAAUCAGGAUAUCAUUCUCAGUUUGCAAACCAAAUGGACUGUAUUCCAAAGCACGCUGCUUUGAGGCAUCACUUGCUUCAAAGACAAGAGCUCCAAAAACAUGAGCAUUCAUUUGGACGCAAAUCUGCGAAAUCAGAAAAACGAUCUCAAUCUAAUGUUUGCACACGUUCACCAAUGAAAAGUAAAACGAGGAAAAAAAUAAUCAAACAAGAGGUUCAAGAAGAUAAUUUGCACCAAAAGAGUAUACUUGAAACAAUAGAACAACAGAUGAAGCAAUAUCCUGUUAAAUCAUUGUUUCAUCAACAAGUGUCUUCAAUCAAAUUUCCCAAGCAUGUAAAAGUUGAGACCUCAGGUUCCCUCACCAUAUUAUCUACACACACUAAUCCUUCUAAAUUAGACCUACAAACUAUUCCUCCAAAUGAAAGAACUCCAACUAAGAGAGCAGCAGGAUCUGCUCUGAAUAAUUUUUUGGAAUCUCCUUCAAAGCUAGUAAAUACUCCUGUAAAAAACCUUUUGGAUACACCAGUAAAAACACAGUAUGAUUUUCCUUCAUGUAGUUGUGUAGAGCAAAUUAUUGAGAAAGAUGAAGGGCCUUAUUAUACUCAUCUUGGUGCUGGACCUAAUGUGGCAGCUAUCAGAGAAAUUAUGGAAGAAAGGCUUGGUCAGAAAGGUAAAGCAGUAAGAAUUGAAAAAGUGGUUUACACAGGAAAAGAAGGCAAAAGUGCUCAGGGGUGCCCAAUUGCUAAAUGGGUGAUUCGAAGGAGUGGAGAUGAUGAGAAGCUGCUGUGCUUGGUGAGGGAGAGAGCUGGUCACUCGUGCGAGACAGCAGUGGUAGUGAUUUUAAUCCUAGUGUGGGAAGGCAUUGCUAUGUCCUUAGCAGACAAACUAUACUCUGAGCUUACAGGCACCUUAAGAGAAUAUGGAACACUGACUAACAGGCGAUGUGCACUUAAUGAAGAGCGCACUUGUGCGUGCCAGGGGCUGGACCCUGAGACCUGCGGUGCCUCUUUUUCCUUUGGAUGUUCAUGGAGCAUGUAUUUCAAUGGGUGUAAAUUUGCCAGAAGCAAAAUCCCAAGAAAGUUUAAACUACACGGUGAUGAUCCAAAAGAGGAAAAAAAAUUGGAAGCCAAUCUACAGAAUUUGUCAACAUUAAUGGCUCCCAUCUACAAGAAACUUGCUCCUGAUGCUUAUCAAAACCAGGUAGAUUGACGCACCGAGCAUCGAGCCCCACACUGUCGUCUUGGUCUGAAAGAAGGUCGCCCUUUCUCGGGAGUCACUGCUUGCUUAGAUUUUUGUGCUCAUUCCCACAGGGACUUGCACAAUAUGCCAAACGGCAGCACACUGGUUUGCACUUUAACUAGAGAAGACAAUCGUGAUCCUACCAAAUUACCAGAGGAUGAGCAGCUGCAUGUCUUACCUCUUUACAAAAUCUCCAAUGUUGAUGAAUUUGAAGCGUUUGAAGCUCAGGAGAAGAAGAAAAGAACUGGAGCUAUACAAGUGUUGUCUGCUUUCCGUAGGCAAGUAAGGAUGCUCGCAGAACCUGUGAAGACCUGGCGGCAAAAAAAACUGGAAGCCAAAAGAGCGGGGCAGCAGAAAAAACUCUCUGCAGCUCUUGAAAAUGGCACUAGUAAAGGUGAAAAGGAGAAGACACCACGCCACAAGAACGCACACUCAGAUGACGCUGGGCACAACAAAAAGCUAACUAGGUUUUGGUAUGCGGAUCUUGUUCGGAUGUCCAAAUCAGAAAUGCAGCACAGGGUCCUGAAUAAUACCAACCAUUCAAAUCCUACAAAGCCUUAUCCAAUGACAGGCCCCACUCAUGCUUAUGCAAGAAUUUCGAAUUUAGCUGACCCAUAUAAAAGUUCUUCCCCAUUUGCUGGGUCAAAUCAUAUGGAUCACUUCCAGGACCCUUCCAGCUCCUCAGUUUCUUGUGCUACAGACCCUUUGAAUCCUUAUCUUGGAUCUUUAAAUCAAAGCAAUCCAUGCCCCCCUUACCAGUGUAAUGGUAAUGUUCCAUUGGAUGGUUGUUCACCUUAUCUCAACUCAUAUUCUCCACAUUCACAAUCGAUGGAAUUCUACAAGCUUAAAAACCAAGACCCAAUGACUAAAUUAAAUAUGCCACCAAUUCAGUCAUUGUACCAGGAAAGGUAUGCAAAUAGUCAGAGUUUUGGGCCCAAGUACUUGAAUAAUGGAAACCAAAGCAUGAUUGAUGAUUUCAGUGGCUGCAAUGUUAAACCAAACACUCACUCCAUGGGUUCUUUCAACCCUUACACUGCUGAUCACAAAAUGGAGACAGCUACAAAAUUAAAUCCAAACCUUAAUAAUCUGGAUUAUUCCACUGUGAACAAAAACGGGGAAUAUUCUCUUCCACACUCCUAUGAAGCUAAUGAAAAUAAUGCAUCUUCAAGUAUGUUAGGUGGCAGAGCUGGCUCUCUGCAUUUCCACGAUAAAAACAUUCACAUGCAUUCUCAUGUAGCAAAUGGGGUAUCUGAAAUGCUUCCAGGUGUUAAUCAUGACAUAAAUACUCAAUCUCUUGGAGGCUUGAAUAGAACUAAUGGUGCUAAUGUUCAGGAAAAGCUACAUCGGACCUCAAUGCAAGUACAAGAAGAUCCACAGGACAUUUGGUCAGAUAGUGAACAGAGCUUUCUUGAUCCUGAUGUAGGAGGAGUAGCAGUAGCCCCAACUCAUGGGUCAAUUCUCAUUGAAUGUGCAAAACGUGAACUCCACGCUACAACACCAUUAAAAAAACCCAACAGGAAUCACCCUACAAGGAUAUCCCUUGUAUUCUACCAACACAAAAGCAUGAAUGAGCCAAAGCAUGGUUUGGCAUUAUGGGAGGCAAAGAUGGCAGGUAAGGCCAGGGAGAAAGAGGAAGACUGUGAAAAGUAUGGACCAGACUAUGUGGCUCCAAAAUCUUACCACAAAAAAGUAAAGAGAGAGCCUUUGGAGCCAUCACAUGAGCCAGCCGAACCAACCUAUCUUCGUUUCAUCAAGUCACUUACACAAAGGACAGUUUCAAUCACCACAGACUCCCUAGUCACUACAUCUCCAUAUGCCUUAACACGAGUUACAGGUCCCUACAACAGAUAUAUGUAAUUAUGCAUCAUUUUCUCAUAGGUUAACAUUUGCUGAAUGUGCAUAACGCAAGAGAGCAGCAAGAUUCAUUAAAAUGUUUUAUGUAGGAAAGAAUACCAGCAACAUAAUUUAUAUAUACAUACAUAUACAUAUAACAUGUAUGUAUCAUUACCAUUACGGUUUCCCGUUUCCCUCUUAAUAACAAUUUGGUUGCAGAUGUUAGAAAAGAAGAUUGUAAACAUCCUAUGCAAAAGUAUUUAAAUGGUACGAAAACACAGGUUCUGUUGGAUAAAAUGACCUCUAUCUUCUUAUAACAUCUGUGACUCUUUUAUAGAAGAAUACAUAGAACUAGAGCUAAAUCUACUGUAGUAUUGUUUUCAUCAGGAAUCUUACAAAUAACAUCUGGUGCUGAAUUCCUGGUGUUCUGAGCAAUACAUUACAUAACCUUUAUGUUGAAUUCCAGUGUAAAAAAACAGCAAGAUGAACAGAUCAUACGAAAAAAAAGAAAGAAAAAAACAAACACUGAAAAUAUUUGGACAUUCUUCAAAAAGAUUGGUGCUAUAAAGUAUUUUAUGCCUUGAAAAACCUAAAACAGUUUUAAUAAGUAUAAAUGAAAAGUUUUUUUUAUAUUAAUCAAAAAUCUUGCAUUUUAAAUGUUAAUGUUUUGUAGAUAUAUUUUGGUAGUUUGUUCUUUUAAAUAAUUAUUUACAUCAUAUGAAUUUUUAAGAACCCCAUCCCCCAAAUUUAAAGAAAAAUAUGAAGACAAAUUUAAACACAAAGGAUUCCCUUUUUUAAUAUUUAUUUCACCGGGAAAACCACAAGGCAUAACUAGUUUGUGACUACUUAUUGCUCUCAUUAGAAAACAUGUAUUAUUCAUAAUAAUGGGUAGAUUCGAUUCUAUUUUGACACAUUUUAAUUCUACAAAAUUCUCCAUUAUCUAAGUCUAAUGGAAUUUUUGUAGAUAAAUUAUGUGAUAAGCUUUUAUACUGGAGUGGCUUCUAUAUUUUUAUGCGUCCAGUAUACAAAAUAGCAACUUCUCUGAAAAAUGGAGAAAACUAUAGUUUAAAAAAAUGUAUAUCAUUAUUAUGACAGAUAAGUAGCAUAUAUUUAUUGAAUAAUUGAUCUACAGAAAGGAAAUAUAUCUGUCUAAAAACAGAAAGUUUUUUUAAAAAGUUGUGGUUAGAUUUCUCAUCAGCCCUUUUAAGGGGAUAUGGAAAGCUAUUUUUAUUGCAUCUAAAAGUGGUUAUUUAAACAUGUCAGCUCUGUUUUUAUUAGCAUAGAUGUUUAUUGGCUGAAUUAAUUUACCUUUUUAAGCUCUGUAAGCCAGUACAGCUUUGGGAGUUGUCCUUUUAACCCAGUGAGCAUUUAUGCUGGGCUGAACCCAGGUAUUAUUUACCUGCUAGGAUAUAAAAAAAAAUUGUCAUUAACUUUACUUUUUAUUGAAAUGAUUUUAAUGAGUUGCAUUUAUGUAUAAUAGAAAACUAUUGCCUUCAUUUUUAAAUAGUUGGUCAAUAUUGUUGCUUAUUUCUUUUUGAAAAGAAAACCUUUUUUUUCUUUCUUCUGUACUUGUAGUUAGAUUUGAUUUUCUACAUUUUAACUCUGUGAGCACUUGUGUGUAUUGUAUGUGUACACAAAUUCAUGUAUUUGCAUGUGUGUGCAAAUGGCCAAAAUACAAGAAAUAUACCAGUGUAAAGAUAAUGCUUUCUUCUACCACUUUAUCACAAAAAGCUGUAAUCCUGGCCACAUAUUUAAAUCCGUAUGUUCAUAUGUAACUAUACCCAGGCUAGUUAUUUAAAUGUCCAGCAAAAUGAUAAAAACUCAAUAUAAGCUUCACUACCCAAAACUUUUAGGAUCAAUAUAUAUUCUGGUUAACUAAUAUGUAUGUUGUUACUCAUUACAAUGCCCUUAAAUUGUUCAGAUUAGUAAAUUAUAGCACAUUCAGAUAAAAAAAAUUUCUUUUAAAAUAAAAUUUCAUAGGAAUUUGCUAUUCUGUUACAAUUUUUUUUUAAUUAAUCAAACACAAUCACAGCUACAUUGGUAGAACAUUAAUUUGAGCUGAACAAAUGUGUGAAUACUUAUUCUACCACAGAUACAGCAGAUUCAACUGAUUUUUUUGGAGGUUUCACACUUUAUUUGCUGGUCUUUAUAUCACUAAUCUUAAAACGUAUGUUGUUUAUAUCACAAGCUUGCUUAUUAACUGCUUCCAGAAUGAGUGAUGAAGUUCAAUUCUUCUGUAUGUUUUAUCAUUAGUCAUCCUGAUAAAAGUAUCCUGGUGUUCUCAUGUCUUGUAUUGUAUAUGUUGGAUCAUCUGUUUUAUUUUUGUACAUACAAGUGGUCCUGUAUUACAUACAAGUUUUAACAUUUCCUGUAGCUAAUUCACUCCCUGAUCUCCCUCCUAGUGGAGAAUCAAACCCAACCAUCAUUUAAUUUGGCAUUUGUGUGUAUGUCUUGAUUAGAUUUACAUAACGAAUCUAUGCUUCUAAGUAGUACAAUCAUUAGUUAACCAGAAUCAUAUUGGUAAAUUGUAAUUGAUAACAUUUAAUUACAUUUUUAUUUUUCAUUUACAAUAUGUUUAUGUUGCUACAUAAUAGUAUAAACCUCAAAAAUUCACAUAAUGUGAAUAAUUCCUUGACCAACUUUAGCCUACAAGACACACUAUGUAAAUUGUGGCAUUUAUGCUGUUACCUAGUAUAUAUACUAAUACUAUGUUUUAAAAAAGAUAUUGAUGUCAAAUAUCUAUAUUUAGCAUAACUCAAUUCCAUUAUUAUGCAAUGGAUAAAUUGUACAAAAAAAACCAAACACAAACAAAUUUAUUAAGUAAUCUACUAAUAACGAUUCCUAACACAAAACGUAUUUAUCUUUGUGGUUUUUGGCCUUGAUACUUUUUGCAAAGAUAAAAAUCUUUCCAAAAAUAUGCAAUUUCUGGUGUUCACUGAUGUAAAAUGAAAGUAAUUGACUAAAUUGUACCAUAUUCAGUGUGCAAUGUCUACAGUUCUCAAGACCAUUAUUUUACACUACCUGUACAAAUUGGUUUAAUUUCAUGCCAAAGAUCACACAUCAGGUAACAAGCGUUGACAUAACAAUUAAACUGGCAUGGGAGUUAUUAUUAUUUUUACCAAACUGCUGCCUCUCUAAGGCAAAUUAUAGGGAAAGUAGAACAAUCCUCUUUAAAAUAACGAAAUGGACAAUGGUUUUGUUUUUUCUUUUAAAAAUCAUGUUUGUGAGAAACAAAAUAUGGCUAGAUUACAUGUGGAGUGUGAACAUUAGUGCAGGGUGCGUUAUCUUGUGUUCAGUCUUGCACUAAGAAUAAUGCGCAAUCUGAUAUUUUAAGUGCAUCUUACUGCAGCUGACACUAUUUUAGUGUGCCCUAUACCUUUAAUGGAUAGUACAGAGAUCGCUAUUGGCUCGCUCAUUGCGCUCAUAUUAUGGUGAGUUAAGCAUUGCAUUUGCACAAUCCAAAAUGCUGCUGUAAAAUGUAGCCCUUUUCAAAACCUGAAGUAAACCAUUAUUAUUAAUAAUAUAGCACAGAACCAUAUGAAGAAGUUCACUAAUUGCGCACCCUCAGUUUAGUUCGCCAUCGGCUUGAGCGAUAUACAACAUGAAUUUUACUGUGUACUUAAUAGGAAUCUUUUAUAUGAGGUAUUAAGUGCACCCACGCUAUCCAACAUGCAGAUGUUACCAUGCACUCGAAAAUCGCUCGAGUUAUACAACAAUAACUUUAUGAGUGCAAAAAUAGAAGCACUAUUGAUUGCGUUUAAAAGAUGUUAAUGCAGAUAAGCGCUAAUAUUUUUGUGCUCCACUUAUAAUCUAGGUCAUAAUUCAGACUAGUGCAGUAAAAAAACAUUGUAUUUGUUUUUUGUUCGUUUUGUUUUUAAAGUACUGGAGUUUGCAAAUUUACUCUUUACACAAAAUUUGAGAUAAUUGCUGUAAGGUUAUGUCUGGUGGUGCUACUUGACCUGUUACCAGUAAUCAUAAUGUGAGAUAAAGACCUAUUACAGAUUUUGAGUGGUAUUCCUACAUGUCAUAUACCUCAGCACUAGUUUGGCAGUAGGAUAUUGAGUGAGGAGUGAGUAUUGAAUCACAUACCAUCAAUAUUUCCCUGACACCAUAGAGCUAUCUUAUAUUAAAAAAAAAUAGAGAAUAGAGAAAACAAGUAAAAAUAUAUCACACCAUUUUCUUAAUACUUGAUAUCUUAACAAGUAUAACUUGAAAUUCAUGCUCUUUCUUCUAAAAAUUCAGGGAUAUUUUAGCUUUUUUUCUCUUUAUGCCAAUAUUGUUUUCUGUAAAGCUCUCAUAGGCUAAUACAAUUUUUCUGUUUAAAGGGUCAAGGCUGCGUGUUUUGAUCCCUAUUUUAAUCUUAUUUGUGUAUAUGUAUUGACAGAUGUAACAAUCUAAUUUUGUAAAUGUGCUUGCUUCUUAUUACUGUAAAAUAUGUACAGUUUUUAGUUGUGUUUUUUUUUUUAGUUUUUUUUUUCUGUUUUAAAUAACAAAAGUUGAAUGCACUGAGCUGAAUUAAAGGGAAAAAUGUUAGCUAGGUGUUUGGCACUUGACAGUCUUAUUGGGCCAAUGCAUUAAUUUGCAUUAAAGGAUGAUGCACCUCAAUCCAACCUUGACUUCCAUCACCCUAAAUGCCGUCAGUAAAUGUAAGACAAACUUAAAUGUACUGGCUGAACAAGUAUACUUCUCUUUGGUCAAGUUGGAGCAGCUGCAUUAUACUGCAAUGCAACUAAGUGCAUUGGACCAUCUGUUUAUUUUAUUGAUUCUUGAUUUAACAAUAUCUGUUUCAAUAGGUACCUGCAUGAUUGGGCUUCCUUGUAAUCAUGACAGUCCAAAAUCCAUCUGAUGAUAAUAUGCUGUGCAAUAUUCACCAUAUGUUGGGCUAUUAGUAUGUAAUACCCACUGCAAUUAAUUGAUGUCAGUAGGAACCUUUAUUUUUUUCUACAAGUCACUUACAAAUAUAUAUGUAUAUGAGAUGUUUUUAUUAUUCUAAUUGUGCCUGUGCACAUUAUAAAUCUUUUUAAGUAUAUAUGUGGUUUGUUUAAAAUGAUUUCUGCUUUCUUCCUGAAGGAAACACUUGUAAAUUUAAGGUAUUUUCAAACAUUUUGGUCAGUUUUAUUUUUAUUUUAUUUUUCAUUUUUGUACCUGACAAAUUAUAGACUUUUAGGAAGGUGCUGCGCCCUUUCACCUGUCAGGAGUUUAAGUGUAUACAUUAGCUAUGCACUUCAGACCCCUACACUGUGAAAGGGAUGAGUUUGGUGCUUGUGUUUAUAACAUUCAUGUGACUUUUUUUAUUUUCUUUACUAUUAAUAGUUUUGUUUUAUAUUUUAAACACAAUGCACCAUUAUUUGCCAAACUGCGUCCAAAGUUACCAAACAGAAUCAAUGUAGGAAAUCAUCAGAUAUUGUAAAUAUAAGUUGUAAUUUUGGUGUACAGGUCAACAUGAAAAUGCUGAGGUGACAUUGCUUAUAUAGGAUUUGCCAGGUUGACUAUAACCAUACUUGAAGAUGCUUUGAGUGGGGUCAACUUUACUUGAAUGAAUCUUUUCAUCUUGAUAGAUGCACCGCAAUGUUUGCUUCACUUCUAAAGCUAAUGGUUAUUUGUAUAGGAUAUCUUGCAGUUUGACACUAAUGAAUUAUUUUGUGCAUUUUCUCUACUUACACUCUAGAAACUGUUUUUUUUUUUCCACAAAAUGUUAGUAUGUGUAUAAAAUCUGAAGAUGGUUAUAAAUACUGUAAGUAUUGUAAUGUAAACGAAGCUAUUUGAAAGCUGUUUAUUAUAUCAUUCCUGAUAAUGCUGAGAUGUGGGUGUUUUUAAUAAAAUUUAUAUUUAUUUAAUGCA